GAUCGGGAAGAACGCUUGCCGAAAUGCGGGGAAUAGCUUCAUUACCAGCCAAGAAUCUCAGCCAUCUAUCUCCAGUUAACACCAGAGAGCCAGGAUUUUCAGACGCGACACAAACAUGUUACCCACCCAGUUGCAGCAAGUGGAAGCCAUACUCGAGCUCCAAUGAAGCUGGAGCUAACACGGCCUUAACCAUCAUCAUCCUAUUCUCCUUCCUUGUCUGUUCCAUGUGCCUUGGUGCAGCCAUUCGUUGUUUCCUGCGCAGGGGAGGCUCAAUGGCUCGGACACUAACUCAACAAGGGUCCGACCAGGAAAAGCCACGUGGCAACACGGGUGCUUCUCAGGUUCUGGAGGUAGCUCCCACUUUGAAGUAUUCUGCUGGGCUGAAACUAGCAGGAGCAGAGAGAGAGUGUACGAUUUGCUUGUCGAAGUUUGAGGAAGGGGAAGAAGUGAAGGUACUGACAAGAUGCAACCAUGGCUUCCAUGUUGGAUGCAUCCAGCAGUGGCUGUCUUCCCGUUUCUCUUGCCCAGUUUGCCGCAGCCUUGUCCUCUUCCCCUCCAUGGCCACUGACACAGUACAAGCUGCAAAUUCUCAGACAACAAUGGCUACUCCAGGAAACAAUACAGCAGAUGCAGCUUAGUGAUUUUCUCAGUUUUGUUUCUUCUUUCCCGCAACUCUUUUCUGAAUAUCUAUAAGCUUUUCUA